AUGUCUACACAACCAUCAAGCACAACCAUCAAUGCUGGCACUAAUGCACUACCUCGUCAGCAAAUUGGAUCCAAAGUCGCUCAGGCAGCAACCAGAAGUCUGUUAACUUCACCAUCAGUUAUCGGAACAGUUGCAAUAUCAACUGGUGCUGUAGCUGCCGUCUUAUCACAAAAAGAUGUCAUUAAUGUCACCGGACUUGGGGCAGCUGGUUUAGAAAACGGUUACAACUUUUUACUUGGAAGUGUUGCGGGUGCACUGGGUGCUUCUGCUGUUUAUCCCAUUGAUUUGGUCAAGACUCGUAUGCAGAAUCAGCGAAGUGGUAAAGUUGGGAGUGUUUUCUAUACAUCGUACUGGGAUUGCUUUAGGACGGUUGCUAGAGUUGAAGGUGCAAGGGGAUUUUACAGAGGUCUUGCUCCUCAGUUAGUUGGAGUUGCUCCCGAAAAGGCAAUCAAAUUAGCCAUGAAUGAUGCAGUCAGACGAUCCUGGAAAGACCCACGGACUGGUCAAAUUCCUUUACAAGGCGAAAUCAUGGCUGGCUCUAUGGCUGGAAUGUCGCAAAGCCUCAAUGCAGAAAUCGUCAAGAUCCGUCUACAAGUUCAAGGCGAAUCCAUCGCUAAAGGAUUCAUAAAAGCAUCAGAACGUCAGGGACCUAUUGAAAUCGUACGGUCAUUGGGAUUGUCUGGAUUGUACAAGGGUGUUUUAGCUUGUUUAUUACGAGACAUUCCCUUCUCUGGUAUCUACUUCCCCGUUUACUCCCAUAUUAAAUCUGAUGUGUUUGGAGAAGGACGUAAUGGCAAGAAGCUCAAUACCGUUGAGCUGCUAGUGUCUGGUGCUGUUGCCGGUAUCCCAGCCGCAUACCUCGUAACUCCCGCCGACGUAGUCAAGACCCGUCUCCAAGUGCAAGCUAGAAAAGGCGAACAAACCUACGCAGGAAUUCGAGACGCCUUUUCCAAAAUCUUUAGAGAAGAAGGAUUCCAAGCUUUAUACAAGGGUGGACUUUUACGUGUUGCACGAAGUAGUCCCCAAUUCGGAGUAACGUUGGCAUGUUACGAGUUCCUGCACACUGCUUUGCCAUUCAACAAACCCGCUGCCAAUGUUACUCCUUCGACUGCCGCUCAAAUGAAUCCUACGUUGGUGAUGGCUAACGUUGUUGGAAAUUAUCGUGCUACGCAGUCAUAA